GGCGGAAGCUGAAAGCGCUGUGAUUACCCUGUGGCUCCAGGGUCGAUUCACCUUCACCUGUGCAGCGUCCCUGGCCACCCAAAGCAGCAGCCGGGCGAGCCGUAAAACAUGAACGGAAGAGUAGAUUAUAUGGUCACUGAGGAAGAGAUCAGUCUUACCAGAGGACCGUCAGGGCUGGGCUUCAACAUCGUCGGAGGGACAGAUCAGCAGCAUGUCUCCAAUGACAGUGGCAUCUACGUCAGCAGCAUCAAAGAGAAUGGGGCUGCGGCCCAGGAUGGGCGGCUCCAGGAGGGUGACAAGAUCCUCUCGGUGAAUGGCCACGACCUAAAGAACCUGCUGCACCAGGAUGCGGUAGACCUCUUCCGUAACGCAGGCUGUGCUGUGUCCCUGCGAGUGCAACACAGGUUACAGGUGCAGAAUGGACCUACAAGCCAUCGAGGUGACGGGGAGCUGAGUGGUUUUCCCGUCGCGAUGGUGCUGCUGCCAGUGUUUGCUCUCACUGUGGUCGCAGCCUGGGCCUUCAUGAGAUACCGGCAACAGCUUUGAAAGGCGUAUCCUCCCCAGCUCCCAGUGAACUUAACGUGUCUCUUGCCUUCCUUCCCUGCCAUUCUCCCAUAUCUUUCCUUCUCUCUGUGUAGCCAGAAUAUGAUUUAAAGUGAAUGAUUCCCACCAUGAACUUUGCUGUUCAAAAUCCCCAAGUCUUCAUAUUCUAAUGGGAGAGUAAAGGUAUUGUUUGAAGGAAA